CGAAGUCAUGCUUGCUGAUGGCGUCGUCUGGGUCUCUUUUUUCCAACACCUAGCAUGGCUUCUUUGGCGGCAUUGGAUUCCGGUUUGCCCGCCUGGCUCACAAUCAACAUCGAGAGUUUCCCUCGCAGCAAGGCUGGCUGGCUGCCCAUUGGCUGAUGCUGUAGCUUUUGGGUAUCUUCUCUCGUGCUGCGGUCUAAUACGUGGCGCUUGAAUCUGGGACAGCAAGCCCCACAACCUCGCG